GCUGCUGCUCAGACUGGGCUGCCACAGGUCUGCAGUGUGCAGUCUGAAGCCUGAAUGGAGAGUCUCAGCAGCAGCUCCCGCAUUUGCAUUUGAUGCAGACUUCAGUCGAGCGACCACAACACCCGCGGAGGCUUCUGAACUUCACAAAACUUUGCCGUCAGCAGAUUUAAAUUCCCAGAGACGAGGUAGUGUUAGCAAUACAGCUUUCAUUUUUGAUACUCGAGUCGUAGAUGUAGUUUAGAUGCGCUUUCAGUUCGUAUUUGUUCCAAAAGCGCAGUGUCGAGCGAAUCCCGACGGACUACUUUUUCUGGCGGAGGAGCAGUAAGUCCAGGGCGCAACAGACUACCGGUGCACAGUCGGCUGUUUAGCUCGAUUCAGGGCGAAGGAGUGUGCAGCAGCCGGGGAGUUUUAACUUAGAGAUGCUCCACAGCUUCGCUUCAUAAAGGCCAGGUGGUUUUGGUCCAAACCGGCGGACUUCCCGACACUGGACGGACUUGACUGAACUCUGAAAGAUGUCAAUUUUGCCUUUCACUCCCCCCAUCGUCAAAAGACUUCUGGGCUGGAAGAAGGGAGAGCAGAACGGCCAGGAGGAGAAAUGGUGCGAGAAAGCGGUUAAAAGUCUUGUGAAGAAGCUGAAGAAGACGGGGCAGCUGGACGAGUUGGAGAAAGCCAUCACCACGCAGAAUAUCAACACGAAAUGCAUCACUAUACCGAGGUCUCUGGAUGGCCGCCUGCAGGUGUCCCACAGGAAGGGACUGCCUCACGUCAUCUACUGCCGGCUGUGGCGCUGGCCCGACCUGCAGUCUCACCACGAGCUGCGAGCCGUGGAGCUGUGCGAAUACGCCUUCCACACGAAGAAGGACGAGGUGUGCGUCAACCCAUACCACUACCAGAGAGUAGAGACGCCAGUCCUCCCGCCGGUGCUGGUGCCCAGACACACAGAAAUCCCCAGCGAGUUCCCGCCACUGGACGACUACAGCCAUUCAAUCCCUGAAAACACCAAUUUCCCUGCUGGCAUUGAGCCCCAGAGCAACUACAUACCAGAAACGCCGCCGCCAGGCUACCUCAGUGAAGAUGGAGAGACCAGCGAUCACCAGAUGACACACAGCAUGGACACGAGCUCCCCAAACCUGUCACCUAACCCUGUUUCACCCACACACAGUAACCUCGACCUCCACCCUGUGACGUACUGUGAGCCGGCCUUCUGGUGCUCCAUCUCGUACUACGAGCUGAACCAGCGGGUAGGAGAGACCUUCCACGCCUCGCAGCCCUCGCUGACGGUGGACGGAUUCACAGACCCCUCCAACUCCGAACGUUUCUGCCUGGGACUGCUGUCCAACGUCAACCGCAAUGCAGCAGUGGAGCUGACACGCCGACACAUAGGUCGCGGCGUGCGGCUGUACUACAUCGGAGGAGAGGUGUUUGCAGAGUGUCUCAGCGACAGCGCUAUCUUCGUCCAGAGCCCCAACUGCAAUCAGCGUUACGGUUGGCACCCCGCCACGGUCUGCAAGAUCCCCCCUGGAUGCAACUUGAAGAUCUUCAACAACCAGGAGUUUGCUGCCCUGCUGGCUCAGUCGGUCAACCAGGGAUUCGAGGCCGUCUACCAGCUCACCAGGAUGUGCACCAUCCGCAUGAGCUUUGUCAAAGGCUGGGGAGCCGAAUACAGGCGGCAGACAGUGACCAGCACCCCUUGCUGGAUCGAGCUGCACCUGAACGGCCCACUGCAGUGGCUCGACAAGGUGCUCACUCAAAUGGGCUCCCCGAACAUUCGAUGCUCCAGCGUCUCUUAGGGACGUCCUUCGUCCACUCAUCUCUCACACGCCACGUCCGCAACUCCCCCCAAUCCCAACGUUUCAUUCAGUCCCUCCCUUCAUUCAGACACUCCUUGUUCCUCCCCCCCACCUCCACACCUGCUGUCAGAAGCACUUUUUUUGAAACACUUUUGUGUUUGUGGCAAAAAGGGGACGAAGUGCAUUAAAGUCGUUGAUAGGAUCUCAACACAUUGUCCGAGUUAAUUUGAUGGUAGUUUUCAUCCGCAAGCCAGAAACUUUACAUUUGUGUUUGUUUUUUGGUUUUUUUCAUUCUUUCUUGCUUGAUUGAAAUUUGCUGUUCAUAUUUUUGUACAGAUUUUA